AUGAGAACAACGGUCCCGAACGGUGCCACCGCACCACAGCUCAUUCAACAGUCGGACGUCAAAGCGAACGGGUCGCCUCCUGAACAGCAGCAGCAGCAAUCCGAGCAAUUCCCUCCCUUUCCACCAGGGUAUAAAGGGAACGGUGCAACCGCACCACGGCUCAUUCGUGAGUCGGACGGCAAGGCGAACGGGUCGCCUCCUGAGCAGCAGCAGCAGCAGCAAUCCGAGCAUUCCCCCCCUCUCCACCAGGGUAUAAAAGGGAAGGUGCAACCGCACCACGGCUCAUUCGUGAGUCGGACGGCAAGGCGAACGGGUCGCCUCCUGAGCAGCAGCAGCAGCAGCAAUCCGAGCAUUCCCUCCCUCUCCACCAGGUCGGACGGCAAGGCGAACGGGUCGCCUCCUGAGCAGCAGCAGCAGCAGCAAUCCGAGCAUUCCCUCCCUCUCCACCAGGGUAUAAAGGGAAAGGUGCAACCGCACCACGGCUCAUUCGUGAGUCGGACGGCAAGGCGAACGGGUCGCCUCCUGAGCAGCAGCAGCAGCAGCAAUCCGAGCAUUCCCUCCCUCUCCACCAGGUCGGACGGCAAGGCGAACGGGUCGCCUCCUGAGCAGCAGCAGCAGCAGCAAUCCGAGCAUUCCCUCCCUCUCCACCAGGGUAUAAAGGGAAAGGUGCAACCGCACCACGGCUCAUUCGUGAGUCGGACGGCAAGGCGAACGGGUCGCCUCCUGAGCAGCAGCAGCAGCAGCCUGAGCCUUCCCCUCACCCUGUGA